UUCUUUGACGACAACUACAAUAAUCAAAUCAAUUCUCUUUUUGAGUUCUGACCUCCCUCUCUCUCUCUCUCUCUCUUGUCCUCUGAUCCAGAUGUUCUCCAAAGCCUCCAUCUUUCUACUUUUCACCAUAUCCCAAUUACUAUUCCGACCAAUCUCAUGCAUUGAUUUCGUCUACAACUCCAACUUCACCACCACCAACACACUCCUCGUCGACGCCACCGUCGACUCUCCGCCGUCAAUCCUAACCCUCACCAACGAAACCACUUCCUCCAUCGGACGCGGUCUCUACCCUUCAAGAAUCCCCGCCUCCUCCUCCUCCUCCUCCCCUCUCCCUUUCGCCACGUCAUUCAUCUUCUCCAUGGCCCCUUUCAAACACAGACUCCCCGGCCACGGCUUCGCCUUCGUCUUACUCCCUUCCUCUGACACCUCCGCCGCCGAGUCGGCUCAGCACCUCGGCCUCCUCAACUUGACCAACAACGGCGACCCGAGCAACCGGAUCUUCGCAGUCGAGUUCGACGUCUUCUCCAACCAAGAGUUCAACGACAUCAACGACAACCACGUCGGCGUCGACGUCAACUCCCUAACAUCCCUUUCAUCUUCCGUCGCCGGUUUCUACAGAGACGACGGUACCUUCACGGAGUUAAAGCUUAACAGUGGAGAUAACUAUCAGGUCUGGAUCGAGUUUAACGGCUCGGCGAUCAACGUCACGAUGGCUAGAGCCGGCUCCUCGAAACCACUAAGACCUCUCAUAAGCACUCCUCUGAAUCUCACCGGAGUUUUAGUCGGUGACAUGUUCGUGGGGUUCACGGCAUCCACGGGGCUACUAGUGCAGAGUCACAGGAUCCUCUCGUGGAGCUUUAGCAACUCUGACUUCUCCGUAGGCGACGCUUUGAUCACUAGGAACCUUCCUUCGUUUAAACUACGAGACGACUCUGUUUUGGACUCUAAAGGGUUCAUCGCUGGGGUCUCUGUUGGUGCCGUUUCGUUACUAGUUUGCGUUAUUGUGGUUGUUCUCUACGUUGUGAGGAGAAGAGGGCGGAGACUAGACGACGACGAUGUUGAAGAUUGGGAGACUGAGUAUUGGCCUCAUAGAGUGCAAUACAGAGACGUUGUGGAAGCGACGAAAGGGUUCUCGGAAGAGAACAUGAUCGGGUACGGAGGGAACUCGAAGGUGUAUAGAGGAGUGUUGGAAGGCAAAGAAGUGGCGGUUAAGAGGAUUACGAUAAGCCCUCGUGAUACCGUGGCUGGGACGAGCGAGUUCUUGGCGGAAGUCUCGAGUUUAGGGAGGUUACGACACAAGAAUAUUGUGGGGCUGAGAGGUUGGUGUAAGAAAGGAGGUGAGUGUCUUGUCUUGGUGUAUGAGUAUAUGGAGAAUGGGAGUGUGGAUAAGCGGUUAUUUGAUUGCGAAGUGAUGUUGGAGUGGGAGGAGAGGAUGAGAGUGAUAAGAGACGUAGCCUCGGGGAUGUUGUAUCUACACGAAGGGUGGGAGUCAAAAGUGUUGCAUAGAGAUAUUAAGACGAGCAAUGUGUUGCUUGACAAGGAUAUGAACGCUAGGGUUGGCGAUUUCGGGUUGGCUAAGUUGCAGAAUACUAAUAAAGAGAUGGUUAGUACGACGCACGUGGUUGGAACAGCGGGUUACAUGGCGCCUGAGUUGGUUAAAACGGGGAGAGCAUCUGUGGAGACGGAUGUGUACAGCUUUGGUGUGUUUGUGUUGGAGGUAGUGUGUGGGAGGAGGCCAAUAGAGGAAGGAAGGGAAGGGAUUGUGGAGUGGAUGUGGGGACUAAUGGAGAGAGACCAAGUGGUUGAUGGUUUGGACGAGAGGUUAAAGGUGAGAGGAAGGUUUGAGGUAAAGGAAGUAGAGAUGGCUUUGAGGAUAGGACUGUUGUGUGUGCAUCCUGAUCCUAGGGUGAGGCCAAAGAUGAGACAAGUGGUGCAUAUACUGGAACAAGGGACGUUGAGUGAUGAGAGGGAGGGGGAAGGUAUGGAAGUGAGCUUGUUGGAGAGGAUGAAGAGUUCUUAUUUGUUGGGAACUAGUGAUGGAAUACAACAACAACAACAUCCCACGUUUUUAGAUGUAUGGAACUCGACUUCUCAUUCUCAUUCCUUUAGGAGUUCUAGUUCUAUUUUUCAAGGAAGGUGAAAAGCGAGUGUGAGAGUUAUUUUUUUAUAGUAUUUCUAUACUAUACAGUAUAUAUAUAGAGAUUGUGUGAUUUGUCUAUUUAUAAGACUUGCAUGAAUUCAUCUAUGUCUGAACUCUGAAGUAAGUUUAUUUAGAAACUUAUUAACAUUCUUACAAAGAAAAACAAAUUUAGAAACUUCAUAAACUGUCAUUUA